GUGUUGCUACAAAUGACAUUGAAGUUGCCAUAACUAUUGACAACAAAGGACUUUUGAAGACUGACACUUUUGAAACGGAAAUUAAUGGCAAUUGGAAGGUAGCAGACCGUUUUACCUUACCAUGGAACACGAAAUAUGUCACAAUUAAAGCUGACAAUCUAGGUGGCCCGGGUGGAAUUCUUGCAUCUUUUAACAAUAACGUAAUCACAAAUUGUUCAUGGGAAUGUGCAAACAUGCACGGGUGUCACUCAACAAAUUGUGAGAAUCAUACAAAUUGGCACUCGGCCAUCGAAUAUGGUCCCAAUAGUGCAAGUACUAAGCCAUGGGGAGGAAUAUUGAGAAGUAAAAUAUCUGAAAUUGCAGAAACAGCCCAAUGGAUAUGGGUGAACGACACAAGUGCUUCAAUAGUGUGGUGCAGAAAGACAUUCA